AUGUCUAUACCUGAAGGUGUUGGAGGCGUGCUCUGCAGGUUAUGCAAUCUCUCCAUCCCAUUCCAUGGAUGUGUUUUAGACUUUGGCACCUGCAAAACAGAGCCUGGUCAGUAUUGUAUCAAACAGAAUUUCAUUAAAGGUGGAAUUCAUUGGUAUGCAAUUCAAGGCUGCACAGAAAGCAAGGCACAAUGCUUCAAGAGAAUUAUAUCAUCUUAUGAAAUUUAUACCACCCAUUGCUGCCAUCGCCCUCUGUGUAACUUCUGA